AUGUCUAUGUGUUUCAAUGAUAGGAAGGUUUACCAGGAAUAUUGUGAAGCCAUGAACAAGCUUUCCAUGGAGGUUAUGGAGCUGCUGGGAUUAAGUCUGGUACUCGGCCGAGCUUACUUGAGAGAUUUCUUCCAAGGAAAUGACUCAAUCUUGAGACUGAAUCAUUAUCCGCCAUGCCCAAAACCUGAUUUGGCUCUAGGAACCGGUCCUCACGCCGACCCUACUGCCUUGACCAUUCUUGAUCAGGAUCAGGUGGGAGGCCUUCAGGUUUUCGCAGAUCAUCAAUGGCAUUCUCUAACUCCCAUCCCAGGAGCUUUCGUGGUCAACAUUGGCGACACAUUCAUCUUUAAGAGUUAGAAAUCAAUUUUAUUAUUACA